CGGUCCUGGAGGAAACCAGAGAAGGAAGCUGGGGACAGUCCUGGAGCAAACCAGAGAAGGAAGCUGGGGACCAUCUGGAGCAAACCAGAGAAGGAAGCUGACGGGCUCCAUCUCCUCGCCGCGUGUCCCGGGAAAGCCUCUCCGCCGGCCGCCUCCAUCCCCGCUCUCUGCAGCGGCGGAAGGAGGGCAGACAAAAGCGUUUCCCUCCCUCGCCAAGAGCCGCGAGUCCCUUUGUCCCGGGGCAAGGCUUGCGCGGGUUUUGGCGAGCGCAGCCACGGCCCAGCGCGGUGACGACGUCGGGUCCCUCGUCCCCGAUAAGCGCUGACCCCUUAUCGGAUCGCUCCCCUUUGAUCUCGCCCCCGAGGCCGUGCGCAGCUCUGCCCUCGGGACGCCGAUUCCGCAGGAUCCUCGUGGCCCGAGGCACAAAGAAGCCCUUGAGGCCGGGGCUGCGAGAGGUGCUAAUGGAAAGCGGAGGUCAGCAGAUAAGGGCCGGCGCUGCCUCCCGGGAUAAAAGCGGGAGCCCGGGCAGCCCUGCCCGGCUGCCGCCGCCUCCCGAGGGGUGACCGUGGAGCUGCUCGGCACCAUGAAGUGGCUCCUGGUGGUCCUGGCGUGUCUGCAGCUGGCGGAGGGGGCGGUGAGGAUCAGCCUGAAGAAAGGCCAGUCCAUCCGGGACAAGAUGAGGGCAGCGGGGGUGCUGGCUGAUUUCCUGAAGCACAUUAAAUAUGAUCCCGUGAAGAAAUACCAGCCCAGCCAGGGCUCUGUGGUCAGCGAGCCCAUAACCAACCACCUGGACUCCUCCUACUUCGGAGAGAUCAGCAUCGGGGAACCCCCCCAGAAGUUUUUGGUGCUCUUCGACACCGGCUCCUCCAACCUGUGGGUGCCCUCCACGGACUGCAAGAGUCCUGCCUGCUUCAACCACGCCAAGUUCAAGCCCCGGCACUCCGCCACCUUCACCCCCAGUGGCCAGUCCUGCACCGUGUCCUACGGCAGCGGCUCCGUCACCAUCGUGCUGGGCUACGACACGCUCAGGAUCCAGAGCAUCACCAUCACCAGCCAGGAGUUCGGGCUCAGCCAGGACGAGCCGACCCAGCCUUUCUACUUCGCGGAUUUCGAUGGGAUCCUGGGAAUGGCGUACCCCUCGCUGGCAGUGGGAGGGAUGGCCACGGCUCUGGAGGGGAUGCUGGAGCAGAACCAGCUCGCCGAGCCCGUCUUCAGCUUUUACUUCUCACGCCAGCCCACCUACGAGUACGGGGGAGAGCUCAUCCUCGGGGGCAUCGACCCUCGGCUCUUCCAGGGGAACAUCACGUGGGCGCCGGUGACACAGGAGCUCUACUGGCAGGUGGCACUUGAGAACUUUGCCAUCGAGCAGUCAGUGAGCGGCUGGUGCAGCCAGGGCUGCCAGGCCAUCGUGGACACGGGGACAUUCCUGGUGACGGUGCCCCAGGAGUACAUAGAGAGCAUCCUGGAGACCCUGGGAGCCCAGGAGACCAGCUUUGGGUAUGCAGUGGACUGCAACGGGACCCAGGACAUGCCCCCCAUCACCUUCGUCAUCGGCGGCGCUCAGCUCCCGCUCUCCCCCUCCGCCUACGUCCUGAACAGCAAAGGCUACUGCACCCUGGGCAUCGAGGUCACCUACCUGCCCUCCCUGGACGGGCAGCCCCUCUGGAUCCUGGGAGACAUUUUCCUCAAGGAAUAUUACACCAUCUUCGACCUGGCCAACAACCGCGUGGGCUUCGCCCUGUCAGCCUAGAGGGACGAGGCAGCAAAUUCCAGCCCCUCUCCUGGCCCGGCACAGCUCUGCCAACACAGCUGGAGUGCCACAGCGUUCCCAGGGACAUUUCCAUGCCCACAUGAGCCCCCAUCCCUUGGGAUUUCUGUGUCAGUGUGUCCUCACCGCCUCCUGUAACAAAUAAACCGCAACAUCCCAAACGGUCUCUGAGCUCCUGGGUUUGUUGGGAGCAGCC